AUCCCCCAGUUCCAGUCCUCCUAUGGGGACGGAGUGAGUCACAGCUCCGGGAGAGAGGAGGAAACUUGUCCACGUCGGCACUUCCACAGCAACAAUGGACUCCAGUGCUCCGGAGCCGUCCUUGUACACGGUGAAAGCGCUCCUCAUCCUGGACAACGACGGGCAGCGCCUCUGUGCCAAGUAUUACGAUGACACAUAUCCUUCCACUAAGGAACAGAGGAAUUUUGAAAAGAACGUUUUCAACAAAACACAUAAAACUGACAGUGAGAUCGCGUUCCUGGAAGGUUUGACCAUUGUGUAUAAGAGCUGCAUCGACCUUUACUUCUAUGUGGUGGGGAGUCCACAGCAGAACGAGCUCAUGUUAAUGACUGUCCUCAGUUGCCUGUUUGACUCCCUGAGCCAGAUGUUACGGAGGAAUGUGGAGAAGAAAUCUGUGCUGGACAACAUGGACGGGGUGUUGCUGGUGGUGGAUGAGAUUGUGGAUGGAGGUGUUAUCCUGGAGAGUGACCCUCAGCAAGUCAUACAGAAGGUGAACUUGAGGAAUAUCUCAGAGCCAGCCUAUGGUUUCGUUCUCUUUGACUAUCUCAGCACUAGUGGGCAGAGUAAUGGACAAUCCCAGAACCAACUCAUGUAGUUCCAGGUGGAUGACAAUCCCUUAACAGAACACAGUGUGGCACAGGUUCUCCAAUCAGCGAAGGAACAGAUCAAAUGGUCGCUGUUAAAAUAAAAGGGGAUGUUUUGUCUUUU